AUUUAAGGUGUAACAAAAACAAAAUCAUAAUCUAAUUACUCCACAUUUUAAGCAUGCGCCGACUGUCCCAACAAAAAUCCAUAAUUACCGAAACUACCAAUGAAUGAAACGUCGUCGUUUAAUUUGUACAACUGGAAAAAUCAGCUUUUGAAUGUGGCAGCUUUCUAGCUUUACUUAUUUCCCCCAGUUUUUCUGGCGUUCAUCACAUAGAUAGUAACAGACGUUGAAGCAACGUACUAAAUUUCCUUCUCAUAAACCCUUAUCGAAAUUUGAUUAGGUUGAAGAAUUGAGAGAAUGAGUAACGCAAAGAGGCUGGAAGAGAGUGUGAAGACGCUGGAGGAGGGCAUUGCGAAAGUGAAGUUGAUUAUGGAUGGUUACCCUGCCUGUAAGCUGUUCACAUCAGAAGAAUACAUGAGAUAUUAUGACUGUGUUUAUCUCUUGUGUAUUCAACCUCCCCCUCAUGAUUUAUCAACAGAAAUUCUUCAAAGGUAUCAUGCUACUUUGGAUGAGAGUUUAUACUUCAGGGUUCUGCCUUUUCUGAAAGAUAAGAGCGGUGCCUCUCUGUUAGCUGAAUUCUUACGUGUCUGGACAAACUACAAAGCAAUGGUGAAGUGUCUCGGAGGAUUUUUCCUUUACCUUGACAAAAAAUGCACUGAUCAGAAAAGUUCUGCACCCCUUAAGGAGGUUGCUCUUUCUUGUUUCCAGAAUAGGGUUUGCUCUGUUCUCCUUCCAGAACUUUUUGAUGCUGCACUUUUACUGGUAAGUCAAGACCGCAGGGAGGAACCAAUUGACAGGAGCCUACUACAGGGCCUCUCUACAUUUUUUUUGGAAAAUGGUGGGCCAAAGAAAGGAACAUACUAUGAUAUGUUUGAGGAGAAAUUGCUUACAGAUACUUCCAGUUGCUACUCUGGGUUUGCCUCUGAGUGGCUCCUUAGCUAUUCUUCGACAGAUUAUAUAUUGAAGGUCGAACGGUGUUUGAAUGAUGAAAAAGGAAAGUUGAGUCAGUUCCUGUAUCCCUCCUCUGUAGAGAAGCUACUUCAGGUUGUGCAUCUGAAGUUGAUUGGUGAAACUACAAGCCAGCUGAUUGAAAAACAGAAGGCUGAGAACCUCAACUCAACAAGAUAUCAGGAGGUCAUGGUUCAAGCCUUGGAAACAGCCUCUGGCAAAAAUGCAAGGAAUUAUUGUCCAGAUGUUCCAAUUUAAGCAUCGGAUAAAGAAGUGCCACAUCCUUUACCAACAUUGGUGCCACAUCCUAUACCAACAUUAUAGUGUCAGAUAAUACCACAGGCAAGGGAACAAAAAAAAAACUACAGAAGCCCAGUCGCUGUUAUUGACCAGUGAAGAAUUUGAUGAUCUCUCCCACCAUCAAUUUUUUGCGGCUCCUCUCCUGGUGCUGUUUGGAGUUAGGACCCCUAAUUCCUUUUUUGGCGAUACGCAUAUCUGAAAGUGUGUAGGGAUUUAGCAGAGCAAUCAUAUUUACAAGUUAGGAGUAAAUAUACUUUACUAAUUUGCUCAUUUCCGUAGUAUAUGCUAUACAUCUGUCAUGGGGAAAAGAUACUUACUUAGUUGCACAGAUGCAAAAACUCAAUACAUAUUAUUUGCUGAUUGAGGAAAUCUGCAAUAGCUCAGAUAUUAUAACAGAUUUUGUUUUGGCA